UUCCACAUUGAGAUCGAAGAAUCAUUCAUAAUAACUCGUAAACCCUAAUUGGUAUUAUUUUAUUCUCUGCUCUCUUGCAAAUAUUUUAGCGCAAAUCUUGAUUUUUGGUAUAUUUAAAAUAAUUAUUUGGAAUUUCGAAUUGCUAAAAGUUUUUAUGUAGCGAACAUAAUUUGUAGAUACAUUUGAGUAUUGCGGUGUGAAAAAAUAAGUGAAAUGCGAAGUGUUUUCCAGGAGCACAAAAAGUGUUGACAGUUGCUGCGGAACGAAAACCGAGAGUUAUUGCAACGUAUUGUAUACAAGCUCGAUCCUGGUCCAAAGCAAAAGAAUUGUACAUUUUGAAAUAUCUAAAAUAAGAAAGUGCAUCUUUUAGCGGAAUUCAAAGUGAUUUAACUACGCAUAAAGUCAUACAGUAAAAGAGAAGGUUUCUAAAUACGUAUGAAUAAUGUCGAGAAAUGUGUUGGAUAGUGAUGGGUGUGGAGAUGGUGAAGGAGGACGUGGAAACUAUAAGGAUAUCUACGAAUUAUUAGAAGAAUUGUGUAAAAGUUUAGCUGGUCCUACUGAAAAUCAUAGAGAAAUUUUGCGUCACGUAACCCAGUACAUAUCAAAUUGUCCGACAUCCUUGGGAUCCACAUUGCCAUACGACGAAACUUCAAUUUUGACAAAAAUUACACAUCAUCUUGACGCAACUGCGGCUAGAAGUGCAACAUCCACUGUAAAUCCUUCCGAAUCUCAAUUUUGUUUAACUAGAGUUGAUAGUGAAAGCUUUAUUGGGGAAUCAAGCGGUAUUUUACAAAAUAGCGCGUUGUUUUUAAAGUUUCACGAACAACUUAAAGCAUCGCUGCCUGAUGAGCAUAAACGAACUGCUUUGCUGACUUUCUUAUAUUAUAUGGCAGAUUCAAAGUAUUCCAAUGAAAAUGGGCACAAUAUUGGUAGUGUUAACAACCACCGCAGUCAUUCAAUGGCAAGUGCUAAUUCCGCACUUCAAUCGAUCCGUACUCAUUUGUUGCAUAAAUCUGCAGCUCAAAACCUUUCGAAGAAUUCUACUCCUUCUACUUCUAAUAAAGCUGCAAAUACAAAUGUAUUAAAUCGACAAAAUUUUAUGGAUGGUGGCAAUAAAUCAAUUCCAACAAACUCAAAUACCUUUAAUCGUGUUUGCACAGAAAAUGAUUCUGCAGGUGGUAGUGUGAGUAGUGGUCAAGGAUCACACUUUUUAUCUCUGCGGGCUGACAAUGGCAAAUCACUCGAAGUUCAGCAAAACAUCAACGACGACAUAGUACAGAACAUUAUAUACGUAUUUACGGGCAUACAAGGAAAGUACCUUAAAAAAGAUUUAAUAUCAGGGCGUUUCAAGUUGGAUACAAAGGCGAAAGCUUUAAACGUUGUUCAGGCGGGUAUGCUAUUGAGAUUGUCUGAAUUAGGUUAUUACCAUGAUUUGGUACAGUCAUACACGGAUACAAAAAGCGGCUUAUGUCCUUUGGGUCUCAUGGGCCAAGGAUUUGUUUCGGCACUGAAAAAUGAACUCACUAGAUAUUAUGGUAUGGUUGCUACACUCCAGGAACAGUUAAAUCGGCAAAGAGAAUAUGAACAUAAUACUAUUAUAAAAGGCAAUAGUAUUCUACCAAUACGGCAUGAAAGACUAACGCUGAUGAAAAUUCUGGUUUGGUCGGUUGAUUCACUUAAGAGAUUACAAUGGCUAGCCACUAUUGCCGAAGCCUGCCGAGAGAAGAAAGGCGGCGCUCUUGCUUCGACAGUACAUGCUUUUCUCAACAAUGGCAACCCAAUGGUGAAGUCUCUGGUGCGUGAACUUUUACUUGCCGUUUGCGGACCUCUAUAUCAAAUGCUGUCCCAUUGGCUGCUCGAAGGCGAAAUCAACGAUGCACAUGGCGAAUUCUUUAUUGAAUGUUUGGCAGAUAUUGGCCCCGAUCGUUUGUGGCAUGACAAAUAUAGGUUGCGUUCGUCUAUGCUUCCAAAUUUUGUCUCAACCGAAAUGGCUCACAAAAUUCUUGUAACGGGAAAAAGUAUUAAUUUUCUUUGUGAAGUAUGUGAAGAUAAGAGGCCCGUACAAGGGCGCGAUGAACUCCGACAGUGUAUUGAAGAAAAUGCGGAACAGAUAUUUGCUCAAGUCGCCGAUACAAAAUUGCAUUCAACGAUCGACACUAUCUACCUAAAUACUUCGAAACGAGUACUUGACAUUGUUAUGGGGCCACAUAAGCUUCUUGAACAUCUUCAAGCAAUGCGUCGUUAUUUGCUAUUGGGACAAGGUGACUUUAUUGGGAUUCUUAUGGAGAAUUUAAAAUGUGAACUAGAUAAGCCAGCUAAGGAGUUAUACUCUUAUGACCUUUCAUCGAUUAUGGAUGCCGCAAUACGAUCUACCAAUGCACAGUAUGAUGACCCGGAAAUACUUAAUCAUUUGGAUGUGCGAUUGUUAACACCGUGUGACGGUGAUAUUGGUUGGGACAUAUUAUCUUUACAAUAUACCGUACGGGGUCCAUUGGCUACUAUGCUGGAACCCUGUAUGGGUAUUUAUCAAAUGCUUUUUAAGCCUUUGUGGCGAAUGAGACACAUGGAGUUUGUCCUUUCUUCAAAAAUUUGGAAGGAUCAAAAGUGCAAUGCCAAGCCGCUUCGUUCAAUGGGAAUUGAGUUGAAUCAAGUGCUCUAUCGCUUGCAUCUUCUUACAUCCGAAAUGAUACAUUUCAUACAUCAAAUGCAGUAUUAUAUACUUUUCGAAGUGAUCGAAUGCUCUUGGGCUGAACUCCAGGAUCGUGUGCAACAGGCCAAAGCUUUGGAUGACAUUCUCGAUGCCCACGAUGACUUUCUUAAUGCCAUUAAAUGUGGCGCCUUCCUAGAUUCCAGUUCCGGCCAACUUUGUCAAAAUAUGGAAAAUGUUUACGAUGGUAUUAUACGGCUAGAAUUAUGGCAGGACAAAUUCUACGAAAUUUGCUUCCAAGAACUUUCAGCACGGAAAGAGUUUGAACAGCGAAUUUUAACAUCCGAGGUAGCAGGCGAGUUCGGAGUAACAGCUGAAAGUCAAUUAGAGCGGGAUCAGGAUCGGAAGAUUUUCGAUCAAUUGAUUGGCAGCUACCACAAAUCCCUAGAUAAUAUUUGCGCCGACUAUGAAAAGGGUGUACGCUGCUUUCUGCUGGCAUUAAAUUCACAUAACGAUCAUAACCUACAGCUUUUCGGCAUACGAUUGGACUUUAAUGAGUAUUACAAGAAACGUGAUCAGCGUCUCUGUGUGCCAUUGACUUUCGAGCAUAUGCGAAUGAGUAUUAUGUUUAAUGGGAAUAAAAGCUUGGCGGGUAGCCGUUAUUCAACAGUGAAUUGACAUACGCUCAAGUCACUUCGGUGCCAGGGGCCAUUUUACACAAGAAAGCACAAUAGUAACAAUGAAAAUAUUAAAUUCAACAACGUUUGGAAUUUACCCUUAUAUAUCUAUGAUACUCAAACUAUGUAUUUGAAGCACUGUCUUGAGGGGCAAAGGAGUCAUCGUUAUAUGGAAAUCGGCGAAGUAGAGGGAGAAAAUAACAAUCACCACAUUAGUGCCAAUGAAAUUUUGCCAUGUUUAAAUACAAGUACUUCAGUUGCAACUACAAUACGUCCCAUAUUUUUAGCUAAUCCAGAGAGUGGUAUUUAUGUGUCUUGUUGUCAGAUUUUGUAAAAAAGAACUGUCAAGGUUACAUGAGUUUUUGGGAAUAAUUCGGAUUUUUCUACAUAAAACAUCCACAUGAAAAAGGCAAUAUUUUAUCUAAGCAUGUAACGGAACGAAAUUCACAAAAAUAUUAAAUGAAUUAAAUUUUUAGUAGGGAUUGGUUUUGGUUACAAUUUUUAAUGAAGAUAAUUUAAAGUUUAUUUCGGUAUUUAUUAAAAUAAGGGUCGCCACAUUAGUGGUUAAAGAGAAAAAUGCUUGUUACAAACCUAAUUGAAUUACGAAGUUUCAAGACCUAAAUACAAUACAGAUUCAUAAUAUUUCAAA